CCGGCGCCCAGAAGGACCCGCGGCGGCGAAGCGCGUCUCGCCCGGAGCGCGGGUCCGGCGGGCGGUGUGCGCGGGGGUGCCUGAGGAGAGCCCCAGUGGGCUGAAGGGGUCCGAGAACCAUCGCGGGUGUGCCCAAAAGCUGCAAGUUGUAGCUGGGUCUGAUAACGGAGAAUAACAAUGAGAGGACUCUGUUAGCUCAGCCUCUUUCGAUAUAACCGGGAGCUAAGGCUCUUCUGGCUGCUGCUCAAGGGCAGGAUCAAAACGCGCUGGUGUUUACCUUCUUAAAUCUGCUGCUGUUUUGCUAGUGUUUAUGUUUUCAAUAUGUACAUACCUUGUGACGGCUUGUUUUCCUCGAAGGCGACAACUCGGAUAUGCCGAACUGCUGGAAAAAGCGGCCAGCGGCUUAUUUAGCGGGUGAACGCAGACCGGGGUUCAAGUUUUUACCGUCUAGAUUAACAGUUUCUUUCAACAAUUUUUCAGUUGUCCUACUAAACGUAUUGACUCGGGGUAAUAAAGGGAAACGUGCAACUGAGUUAUAUAGAAGGAUCAGCUGAACGAGAAGUUGACAUUACUUAAAUCUACAAUAGCUUUCUCAAGUGUUUACUGUUCCCUUUCAGGGGCAGAGCAUGGAGAAUGAUGAACUUCCGCCAGAGGAUGGGCUGGAUUGGCGUGGGGCUGUACUUGCUAGUGAGUGCUGCAGCUUUUUAUUACGUCUUUGAAAUCAAUGAGACGUACAACAAACUGGCACUGGAGCACAUUCAGCAACACCCCAAGGAGCCACAGGAAGGAACCACAUGGACACACUCCUUAAAAGUACGACUGCUAUCCCUGCCCUUCUGGCUGUGGACGAUAAUAUUUUUAAUACCGUACUUACAGAUGUUCUUGUUCCUCUAUUCCUGUACGAGAGCUGAUCCCAAAACUGUUGGGUAUUGCAUCAUUCCUAUCUGCUUGGCUGUUAUUUGCAAUCGUCACCAAACAUUUGUGAAGGCCUCUAAUCAGAUCAGUAGAUUACAACUAAUUGACACUUAGCUCAACUGCUACUUUCUGUUGCUGGUUUGAAGCAAUUGCAUAUGCUUGAUCUAAUCACAAGACUGAAGUUCUGAGAGAAGGCCGGAAGGGGCCUUUUCUUUCAAACUGAUAAGCAAUGAAGAGAAUGACUGUUUUCUAUUUAAAACAAACAAGUAAUUACAAAGGUUUUUAAUUAUGGAUCUAUCCAGUGGCCAGAGUGGGAGAGACCUGUGUGACACGUGAUGGAAGUAUUCCUCAUUUUGCCUUAAUGAUGCAAAAUUGCAACUCUCCAUCUGAAAUGUCCUGUGGGGAAACAAGUUUCUGGUCCACAACUUUGCUUCUCUGUGCAAAAAAGUGAUUUCCUAUGUUUUCCCUUGGAGUGAAAUCAAUGAAAAGAUACUUCUUUUGUGGUAAAUGUAAAAGGAAAAAAGAAAUUAAGAACAUGAUUAUAAAAGCUGCACUUAACACAAUUCUUUGCUUUUUCUUUUUUUUUAUUAUCUACAUCAGUGCUGUUUUAAAUGAAUUUUUAAAAAAAUAAGUUUAGAUACAAAAACAGGAAGCAAAGAACAAAGUUUGUGCAAACCUUUAAAGGGAAAAAGUACAUUUUUUUCUGUGGUAAGCUACUUUUUUUCAGUCAUAACAGUCCCAUGCUGUAGUAGGCAGGCAGUGAGGAGUGGCAUAGGCCUGGAGCUUGAUGUUUUAAACUAUUCCUAUGACAUCAAAAGCAGUCUAUGAUGGCAGUGGCCUGCAGUCUGCACAAAAAAUUCUGUGUUUCCUUCUCAUAUCAUCUUGCUUGAUAAAAUUACAAGUUACUGAAAUUUAUGACCAUUCUAAUUUCACUCCAGACAUCAUGCAAAACUGUGCUCCAAGAGAACUGAUAUAUUAGGAAAAACUUUGAAUUUGGGGAAGUUAACUCUUUGGGGGAUGCUACUAACAGGUUGUAAGACAGAUAAUCAUGUUUCUUCCAGAAAUUCAAAGUAAGGUACCUUCUUCUCAUUCUUGUAAUGAAUGUAAAUUUCUUCAGUCAUACUGAAAUUCCAUUGAGAUUUCUUUGCCAUAGUUUCAACCUCUAUUUUUCAGUGCUAUUUUGGAAUAGCAUAUUUUGAAUGAGGCUGAAUCUGUUCUUUCUUUCUGUCCAUUUUUGUUUCUUCUGAGAACUAAAUUUUUGUCCCAGCCAUGAUGGAAGUAACAAAUAUGAAAACAGUGCAAAAUACACUUCUCAGAAACAGUAGACUCAAAAGAAUUAUGAGCUAAACUCCUUGACUAUAUCUUCAACUGUAUGUGAUUGUCCACACCUAAUCAUCACAAAUGCUAAUCUAUUUCUGACUGCUUUAAGGGAAUCUUGGAGAGUUGUCUUUCUCUUGCUUUGGAAAGAGAACACUAUUUUCACUGUUGCUGUGUUUAAGCAUGGCACUUCCAACACCUUAAACUUUCGGUUUGCACUUGGAGAUACUUUGAGACACUGGUUUCAAUUGUCAGCUUUGGUGCUAGGACCUGAAAACAAUGUAGCCUUUGCAAGAAGGUUUCAAGUGCAAUAUGAAAAGGAGGAAGCUGCCAUUUUAGUGUGCUGGAGUAAGAGUAAAUUAUAAACUCUGACAAGUAGUUAGUAUCUUGGGGAGUCAGAGCUUUUAAGUUGUGUUGUUUCUUAACUUUUAAAAUCACCAUGCUAUUUAUCUAUAAAAUAAAAACUUUUCAAUGUUUAUAAA